GGCGUCUUGGUGAGACUCACUGUUGCACAUUUGCUACUAGAAGCAAGUAUCUUGCGAUCACGAUAUCUCAGUGAUAAAUAACCCAGAGGCGGGAUUAGUCACACCUGCGAGCAAGCCGCAGACAACUCCGCCACCACGGCGAAUGAUCAUCCAGGCAUACUGAGUCUUCAAAAGCGCCAGGGGCCCCAGUUUACCCGUCUCGAGAAGCUUCAGAGUCCCAUUAGUCUCGAGGAAUUUUCACAUUUUUUAUCAAGGCCUGUUACUGCCAGAAGCAGAGAGACCAUUCGCCAUCAUGCCGGUGGUUACCCCAGAGAGACUGGCUAGUCUCCAGCGACAGUCAAACGAUGUUCGAAAUAUCUGCAUCCUGGCCCAUGUUGACCAUGGCAAGACCUCUCUUACAGACGCCCUUCUCGCCACCAACGGCAUCAUCUCCCCCAAGUUGGCCGGCAAGAUCCGGUACCUAGACUCAAGGCCUGAUGAGCAAACCAGAGGAAUCACGAUGGAGUCGUCUGCCAUCUCAUUAUAUUUCUCGAUGCUUCGGAGAUCAGCCCCUGACGCUACCCCUGAGGCCAAGGAGUACCUUAUCAACCUGAUCGACUCUCCCGGACACAUCGACUUCAGCAGCGAAGUUUCUGUCGCAUCAAGAUUGUGUGACGGCGCUGUGGUUCUAGUUGAUGCCGUUGAAGGAGUUUGCAGUCAAACAGUUACAGUCCUACGCCAGACCUGGACUGAGAAGCUGAGGCCUGUGCUCGUCAUCAACAAAAUGGACAGACUAGUUACAGAGCUUAAGAUGACCCCCGCAGAAGCAUAUGUCCACUUGAGCAAUUUGGUAGGACAGGUCAACGCCGUUCUGGGAAGCUUUUUCCAGGGUGAACGAAUGGAGGAGGAUCUCAACUGGAGGGAGAAGAUGGAGGAGCGUGCCAAUGCAGCAGCGGCAGCCAAGGAAUCUGCCAUAGCUGACCAAUUCACGGACGCGGGUGAGCUUCAAUUCGAGGAGAAGGACGACGAAGACAUCUACUUUGCCCCGGAGAAGAACAAUGUCAUUUUCAGCAGUGCCAUCGACGGCUGGGCAUUCACCUGCCGCCAGUUCGCCAGCUUGUACGAGAAGAAGCUCGGGAUCAAGAGGGGGAUAAUGGAAAAGGUGUUGUGGGGAAACUUUUACUUGGAUCCCAAAACAAAGAAGAUUUUGGGACCCAAGCAUCUGAAGGGUCGAAGCCUCAAGCCCAUGUUCGUGCAGCUCGUUCUAGAGCCUGUGUGGACCGUCUACCAAGCAACAACUGGCGGUGACAGUGGCAAAGGCGACCCUACCCUGUUGGAAAAGGUCACCAAGUCGCUGGGAAUUACGAUAUCACCUCACGUUAUCCGAGCUCGAGAUCCUCGGUUGCUGAUGACCACAGUCUUUGCCAACUGGCUACCAUUGUCGACUGCCCUCUUAGUCUCCGUCGUGGAAUACUUGCCCUCUCCUCCCAAAGCACAAGCACAGCGUCUGCCUGAACUGCUCGAAGAUUCACCGGGAUCCCACUCUAUCGACAGUGCCAUCAAGGAUGCCAUGAUUUCCUUCAAGCAUGAAAAGUCCGACCCCGUCGUUGCCUACGUCAGUAAGAUGGUUUCUGUGCCCGAGAGCGAACUUCCAGAGAACAAGCGACGUCCUGGAGUACAGAUGAGUGGCGAAGAGGCUAGAGACCUCGCUCGCAAGAAGAGAGCGGAGGCCUUGAGGGCACAGGUUGCGGCGGGCGAAAGUGAGGUGGACAGCAUGUCCACUGCGCUGGAAUCUGUCAACAUCGACAACAUUGCCCCUGAGUUGGAUGAGAAGACUGUGGACCCCGAGCAUCUCAUCGGUUUUGCACGAAUGUACUCUGGUACUCUUACUGUUGGUGAUACACUCUACGUUAUACCCCCGAAGUGGUCCCCAGCCGACCCGGACGCCGGUCCUGCGCCCCAGGAGGUCACCGUCACGGCUCUCUACAUGCUGAUGGGAAGGAAUUUGGAGGCUCUAGAAUCUGUCCCAGCAGGUGUAGUGUUUGGAAUCGGAGGCCUGGAAGGAAAGAUCCUGAAGUCGGGAACUCUUUGCAGUCAACUCCUAGGCGCUGUCAACCUUGCUGGUGUUAACAUGGCUGGGAAGCCCAUUGUCCGAGUUGCCUUGGAGCCCGUCAACCCCGCCGAUUUGGACAAAAUGAUUGAGGGCUUGCACCUCCUGGUGCAGAGCGAUCCUUGCGCAGAGUAUGAGCAGUUUGAGAGCGGCGAGCACGUCUUGCUGACCGCUGGCGAACUGCAUCUCGAACGAUGCCUGACGGAUUUGAAGGAGAGAUUCGCCCGCUGCGAUAUCCAGGCCGGUGCCCCAAUUGUUCCUUACCGAGAGACGAUUGUCCGAGCUGAAGAGAUGCGACCUCCUGUAAACAAGGACCUUGGCCGUGGUGCGGUCGUGGCUACCACCAGCUCCAAGCAGGUCACUAUUUCUCUCCGAGUUCAGCCCCUGCCUGCCCAGGUGACCGAGUUUCUGGUCAAGAAUGGAGAUGCUGUCAAGCGACUGUACUCCGACCGCAAGUCAAAAGACGACGAAGGCGACGAGAAGAUCGACUUGGAUACAGACCGCGCUGCUGGCAACACAAUGUCUCUAGAUGACUUCAAGAAGCAGCUCCAAGAGAAACUUGAGAAAGGCAAGGGCCGAGAAAACUGGAAGGACCGAAUUGACCAGAUAGUGGCUUUCGGCCCUCGCCGAAUAGGACCAAACAUCUUGAUCGAUGCCACCGCUGAUGGCAUUCUUCCCAGAGCCUUUGUCGGUGAGAAGUCUGCAGAAUCUGCUCCUCGAGCUGGAGAGGCUCUCCACCCCAGCCAUCUGGCUGACAAGAUCGCCUACGCCUUCCAGCUCACCGCGGCGCAAGGUCCCCUGUGCAACGAGCCUCUCCAGGGCGUUGCCGUCUUCGUUGAGGACGUUACCCUCAACAUCCCCGAGGAUGAAGCGGCCUCCGCCCGCGACAAGGUCGGCCGCCUCACAGGCGAGAUCAUCAAGACAUUCCAGGCGGCUCUGCGCGCGGGCUUCCUCGACUGGUCCCCUCGCCUGAUGCUUGCCAUGUACAGCGUCGAAAUCCAAGCGUCUACCGAGGUCCUCGGCCGCGUGUAUGACGUCCUGACCCGACGCCGUGGCCGCGUUGGUGCCGAGAUCAUGAAGGAGGGCACGCCUUUCUUCACCAUCCAAGCAGUACUUCCCGUCGCGGAGAGUUUCGGCUUCGCGGACGAGAUGCGGAAGCGCACCAGCGGUGCCGCCCAGCCGCAGCUCAUCUUCGCUGGUUUCGAGAUCCUGGAUGAAGACCCCUUCUGGGUGCCCUUUACCGAAGAUGACCUGGAGGAUCUGGGCGAGUUGGCGGACAAGGAGAACGUGGCGAAGCGGUACAUGGAUGGAGUGAGGCGGAAGAAGGGCUUGCUGGUUGAGGGAAGAAAUGUGGCAACUGAUGCGGAGAAGCAAAAGACUUUGAAGAGGUAGAGUAUUGUUCAUUAGAAGCUACGUCGGAGUAGGAAAGAAAAGCGCAGCCUUCAGAAUAGAUCUUGGGUCCUCGUGUUUCUAUCUCCAUGUUAUAUGAGACCUUCUUGCCAGGUAUACCCACUACCAACGCAGCACCACGAAGUCGCAAUGAGGCUGCAAGUUAUCGUUGUUCAAUAUCUUAG